AUGUUGGCCUCAAGGUUUGAAGAAAUUAGGAUGAAGGAUGAUGAAUCUUUUGAUGAGUUCUAUGCCAAAUUGAAUGACAUUGUUAACUCUAGUUUCAACUUAGGUGAGAGGAUUCCCGAGCCCAAAAUUGUGAGGAAGGUUCUUAGAUCCUUGCUCGAGAGAUUUAGAUCUAAAGUUAUAGCUAUUGAAGAAAGCAAGGAUCUGGAUACAAUUAAGAUAGAAGAACUCGUAGGAUCCCUUCAAACCUAUGAACUCACCAUUUCACAACUGAGGAAAAACAAGUUCAUAGCCCUAAACACUGUUAGGGAAGGAGAGUUUGAGUCAUCUGACAUGGAAACUCUUAGAGAUGAUGAGAUUGCCUACUUUGGAUUUGGGCACUAUAGAAAUAAAUGUCCUAGCUUUAAGAAAAAUCUAAAGAAGGGGAGUAGCAAGGCAUUAGCUGUGUCCUUGACUGAUGAUGAUUCUAAUUCAAGUGAACAAAGUGAUUCCUCAAGUAGUGAGGAGGAAGAGGGCUAUAUGACUUUUGUAUCUACUGUCAAGAGUAACAAGUCUGGUAAUGAUUCGGAGGAUGAGACGGAUAUACAUGAAGCUUAUCAACUUCUGUUUAAGGAAAGUCUCAAGAUCAAAAAGGUAAAUAAAACAUUAUUUAAGAAGGUAGACAAGCUUGAGAGAGAGAAUGAGAAAAUCACCUAUGAUCUUCAAGUCUCAUCUAAGAAUCUUAAUGAGUUGAAGUGUGUCAAUGAGAAAUUAGAGGACAGGGUCAAGACAUCGACUUGUGGAUUAGAGAAAUCCAGCACUCAACUACAGUCAUUUGUGAGUGGAACUAUGAAACUAGACGAUCUGUUAAGAACGAACAAAGUAGCUGGAAAUAGGCAAGGUCUAGGAUUUGUGAAGAGUGAUAGCAAUGUGUCUAGUUUAUCCAAGGCCACAUUUGUCCCCGCUUCCAACAGAUCUAAUGUUUCAACAAAUCCAGAAUCCAAAAACAAAAAUUUCACUGGACUGAAGGCCACUAGAGCUCAUAGUAUUUCUGCACCUAAUUUUCAUGAUCAACACUCACGUGCAUCUGAACCUAGGUUCAUACCCACUUGUCAUCACUAUGGUGCCUUAGGCCACACGAAACCUAGGUGUCGAAAGCUAGCAAAUAGGAAUCGAAGUCAGGAUAUCCCUUGUCGAUUGAACUUCCUUUCAAAUCAGCUCAACAUACAUGCAUGUGGUAUCUUGAUAGUGCUUGUUCGAGACAUGUGUGAUAACAAGGCUUUAUUCCCUACCUUUGAUGACUGCAACAACGAGGGUCUUAAGUCCAACUUAUUGAGCAUUAGUCAAAUCUAUGAUGCUGACUAUGAAGUGAGUUUUGUCCAAAAGAGAUGCACUGUUUAUGACGCUUCUGGUGAUGUUGUUCUUGAAGGUGUUAGAACAUCUGAUAACUGUUAUAAAGUUCUUCCAAACUCGAACUAUGUAUACAGUAGUGCUAAAAUUGAUAUGUCUGAACUUUGGCAUCAAAGGCUUGGUCAUGUUAACUACAGAAGUUUGUUUAAAUUGGUCAAAAAGAAGAUUGUUGAUGGUUUACCUAAGAUUGAUCAAAGUGAGAAUGUUGUGUGCAAGCCAUGUCAACAAGGAAAGCAACUCAGGAUGAACCAUAAGCGAACCUCAAAAAUCUUGACGAAUAGACCCUUAGAGCUUAUCCAUAUGAAUUUAAUGGGACCAUCUAGGGUAGAGAGCCUAGGAGGCAAACGGUAUAUUCUGGUUAUGGUAAAUGACUUUUCUAAAUACACCUGGAUUGAACUAUUAAGAGAAAAAUCUGAGACGGGUGAUCUGGUUAAGUCCUUAUGUAAAAGACUUAAAGUUGAACAAAAUCUUCCUAUUUCUAGGGUUCGAAGUGAUCAUGGGAAAGAAUUUGAAAACUUCAAUCUAGAAAACUUCUGUUUGGAGGAGGAGAUUAAGCAUGAGCUCUCUUUACCAAUCACUCCACAGCAAAAUGGAGUUGUUGAGAGGAAGAAUAGAGUGCUUCAAGAAAUGGCUAGGGCCAUGCUUCCCGGCAAGGAUCUAGCAAUGCAUUUCUGGGAUGAAGCUAUUAACACCACAUGCCACAUAGUAAAUAGGGUAUACUUGAGACCGAAAUCAAACAAGACUCCCUAUGAGAUAUGGAAAGGCAAAAAGCCUAAUGUUAAAUACUUUCGGAGUAUCCUGAAAUCUGUAAAUGUUGUUAUUGAUGAUGCCUUUACUGAGGGGAAAAGUGCUGAAAAUGGGGUUGACAUAGAAGAUCUAAGUGAUGAUCAAAGAGCUAUUGCUGAAAAUAAAGAGCAAUCAAUUCCAAAAUCUCCACGCUCCUCAGAAAACAUAUUUGAACAGGGUCUACCAAAUUGGGAUCAGUCUAAGCUUCCUAGAGAACCAUCUUCCAGGGUCAAAUCUAAUCAUUCUAAGGUUAACAUCAUUGGGAAUUUAGAUGAAGGUAUGAGAUUACGAAAGAGAGUUCUAAAUAACCUAACAUAUACUAACUAUGUAUCCCAGAUUGAACCUAAGAAAGUAGAGGAAGCCGUUAGAGAUGAAUACUGGGUGAAUGCCAUACAUGAGGAGUUUAAUCAAUUUGUUCGAGAUAAUGUUUGGUAUCUAGUUCCUAGGCCUGAUGAUUGUAAUAUGAUAGGGUUCAAGCUAUAUCAAAUGGAUGUCAACACUGCAUUCUUAAAUGGAAUACUUCAAGAAGAGGCGUAUGUUGAACAGCCAAAAGGAUUCAUUGACCCUAAGUUUCCUCAUUAUGUCUACAAACUCAAUAAAACACUCAAGGAGCAGCUUGUUAGGUGCCACGACUCCCAACAAAAGGAGAAAGUCAGCAGGAAGUUGGGUGCCAUAGCGCCCAGCGUGAAAACAAGAAACAGAACAACUGGCGCCGUGGCGCUAGACUUGGGCGCCACAGCGCCAUAA